AUGUGCCUGGGCCCUGUUAACGCACGCUCCUUGCAGUGGCCUGCGUCUUCUCACCAGAAAUUGGAAGACGUGAGAAAGGACAGCAGCCUCUGGCAGCGCUUUGCAAUCGCCAUCGGGGUGUUUUACGGUUCUGCGGACAUCCCGAUGUUUCAGUGGAGAGACUGCGUUGAAGUAUUGGAUGUGUUAAGGCUCUCGAAUUAUCCAGGUGGUUCUGCGGUAUGGAUAGCGGAUGGUCGGGUGGCUCCAGUAAGCAUCGCCGUUGUAUAUUUCACUAUGAAAGUUUCUCUUACCUCUUCAGCCAAAGCUCACAGAGCCUGUUGA